GAGCAAAAAUGGUGACGGGCCACCAAAUGGCCCAGGCAAGGUCCAGGACCAUGCACUGCAUCUGCCACAUGAGGACAAGGCUCGAGUACUUUCAACAUGGUCAUCAUGAGGGCAGAGCCGCAUGCCAGUCGAAGAGUGACUCCGUUUGGGCGGCCCAAUCUCCAUUCUCCACUCGAGGGCGCCACCUUCAAGCUUGGGGGCAUGCGACUUGUAAGAUUAUUCUUUUUGGAGCAGUUGGAGGGUGAAGGGACGGCAGGAAGGUGCUAGGCACAAAGUGUAGCCUGCGUCAAGUACCACGAAGAGUAGUUUGAUCUCUGUGUACAAGUGCCAUGGAGGGCCCUUCAGCGGUAGCAGGUUACGAGGAAGAGGAGGACGUAUGCCGCAUUUGCCGCAUGCCCGGAGAGCCAGACUCACCGUUGUACUAUCCGUGUCAGUGCAACGGGUCCAUCCGUUGGGUCCACCAGGAGUGCUUGCUUCAGUGGUUAAAACAUAGCUCCACUGUAAGCUGCGAGGUCUGCAAGCAUCCGUUCACGUUCUCCCCUGUCUACGCCCCCGACGCCCCUUCCCGACUGCCCCUCUGGGAGCUCCUCAAGGGUUUGAUCUCCAAAGUCACCCGGGGCAGCCGCAUUGUGGCUCGCCUCAACCUCGUCCUCACAGUCUGGCUUGUGAUCGUCCCCUAUGCCACCUCCUGGCUGUGGAGGCUCGCCUUUGCCAAGACCUGGAGCAUGCAGGAAGACCUGCUCCCCCAGCUGGCCCCCCUGCAGCUCCUCAGCGACUGCCUCUUUGGCAGCUUCUUGUCGGCCGGCAUCGUGUUCACUUUCCUGGGGGCCACUGCGAUCAAGGAGUACGUGCGGCAACUGCAGGAGCCGGUCCUGGCCGAGGACGCACGCCAGGCAGAACCCGAGGGGGUGGUAGCGGCGUUCAAUGCAGGGCUAAGAGACGGGCAGGAAGGGGCAGCGCAGCAUCCGGUGGGGCCCGAGAAUGUCGGGGGGCCAGGACAACAGAAUGUCGAGGUCCCGCAAGCGGAGGGUUUGCAGUUGCUCGGGGCGGCGGCUGCCGGCGGCGCGGGGGCUGGGGGGGUGCUGGAGGUUGACAACGGGGCCGUUGAGGUGCCUUUUGAGGAGCUCAUUGGGAUGCAGGGCCCCAUUCUCAACCUCCUGGAGAAUGCAAUAACGGUCUUGGUUUCGAACGCGCUGUUUCUGGGGGCCGUGGUCAUGGUCCCAUUCCAUGUGGGGAGGCUGGUGGUGCUGGCCCUCGAAGGAUCCCCGGUCCUUCGAAGCGGGGUUGCGCGUUUGCAGGGGCUCAAGGGGAGCUUCCUGGUUCCGGAAGUUAUGGACAAACUGGCGCAGGUCGCGGCAAGCUUGAGAGAGGAGGUCGCUGUGGUGUCAAACUGGUCAGAACCAUUGGUGCGGUCAGUCACGGGGGGUCCGAACGGAAGCAGCAUCUCAGCAUUGACCAGCUUUCUCGCCUUUGGGGGCGAAGAAACGUGGAGCAAGGCUGUCGGCAACUCCACUGCUUUUGGUUUUGCAGCAGAAGAGACGGGGUCGCUUUCCGAGAAUAGUAGCUUCGCGGCGAAUGUGAGCACGUUAGGAGAGGUCAUCAAUGCGACUGUGAGCGGCAAUAUCAGUGAGGCGUCAAAUUCGACCAGCCUUCUGCCGGGGGGGGUUCCGAAGACUGCAGACUUAGACGUCUCCGAUGCAACGACUCUGUUUGCGGGUUACUCAGUGCUGGUACUGGGGCUGUGCUUGUGGCUGACGGCAUGGUACGGAGUGAAGCGGUGGCGGGGGGAGUCUGUUCUGCACCGGCAGCGGGGGGUGGGGGCCGUCAUUGCUGCAGCCCCUGAAGCAGGGAGACAGGUCAUUGCCGGUGUGCGUUACUUCAUGACCUCCGUCAAGGUGUCCUUUCUGUUGGGCCUAGAGCUGGGCGUGUUCCCGCUGCUCUGCGGCUGGUGGCUCGACUUUUGUACCUUCGCCCUGCUGGGUGCCACGUGGCCCGACCGCCUGGCCUUUCUUGAAGCGGCGCCCUUCACAUGUGCGCUUCUGCACUGGCUGUCCGGGGUCAUCUACAUGCUGCAGCUCAGCGUCUUUGCGAGCCUUAACCGAGAGGUCCUCCGCCCCGGCGUCCUGUCCUUUUUGCGCGACCCCACGGACCCCAACUACAACCCUUUCCGCGACCUCGUCGAGGAGCCGCUCCACCGCCACUUGCGCCGCGUGGCGCUCUCCCUCGUCAUCUACGGCGUCCUGGUCGUGCUCCUCGUGUUCAUCCCGAUCCGCCUCGCGCUCGCCGCCUGCCCCGCGCUCUUCCCGCUCAACCUGCGCUUCUCGGACCCCUUCACCGAGGUCCCCGCGGACAUGCUCCUCUUCCACAUCUGCAUCCCGUUUACCGUCGAGCACUUCAAGCCGCGCGUCACCGUCAAGUGGCUGCUUGCGCGCUGGUUCGAGGUCGUCGGCUCCGCGCUCGGCCUUGCGGAGUUCCUGCUGCCGGCGCCGGGAGACGGGGCCGGGAACGGAAACGGAAACGGAAACGGAAACGGAAACGGGGUGGCUCCUGUGGGGGAGCAGCAGCUCGUGGCUCAGAUGGCCAACCUCGAGAUUGACGAGAUCGCGGAGACGCCGAACUUGCCGUCGAACGAGGCCGCUGCUCCGCCGGACAUUUCGGACGGCCUGUUUCCGCUGCGCAUCGUGCUGCUGAUCCUACUGGGGUGGCUCACGCUCCUUGGCUUCAACGCGCUAGCGGUGCUGGUGCCUCUGUCAGUGGGGCGUGCAGUGUUCGCCCAGGUGGCGCGGAUUCCGGUGGCGAGCGCGGUUGCACACUGCAACGACAUCUACACAUUUGGAGUGGGCUGCUACGUCCUCUGGGGGGGCGGCGCUGCAGUGCGAUACCUGGUGCGGUACCUGCAGACGCACGACCUGGUGUCGAUGGCGAAGCAGGUGUGUGCGUGGGCGCUCAUCUCGUGCAAGGCCGCCGUGCUGCUGACGCUGUGGCUGGGCGCGGUGCCGCUUCUGGUGGGCCUGCUGUUCGAGCUGCUGGUGGUGGUCCCGCUGCGCGUGCCCGUGGACGAGAGCCCCGUGUUCCUGCUCUAUCAGGACUGGGCGCUCGGCCUGCUCUUCCUCAAGAUCUGGACGCGCCUCGUCAUGAUCGGCCAGGGGCCGCUCGCCAACGACGCCUGGAGGGCCAGGUUUGAACAGAUCCAGGCCCUCGGCCUGCGCAACGUGCGCGUUAUGUGGACCCUGCGCGAGAUCAUCCUGCCCGUCCUCUCCACGCUGCUCACGGCCCUUUGCGCCCCUUAUGUCGCCGCCCGCGGCCUCUUCCCCCUCACCGGCAGCUCCCUCCUCGUGAGCUCCCUGGUGUACCGCUUCAUCUGGCAGUGGUGCCUUGCCGCCGCGGUGCUCUGGAAGACCGCGGGACUGAUCCGGGAGUGGGCGCGCGACCUGCACAACUCCAUUCGGGACGAGCGGUACCUGGUCGGCAGGACGCUGCACAAUUUCGGUCAGCCCGCUGAGCCCGUUCCGUCUGCUGCCCCCACGCCCGCCGCCAGCGAGCAUCACAGCACGGGCGUCGAGCCGUCCUGGUUUGCGCAGCUUCGUCUGAACGAAGAAGGGGCGGGUCCCGCCAACUCGGAGGGGAGUGCCUACACGAGCCCCCAGUGGGAGGGGCCGUUGCACGAGGAGCAAGAAGUGGCGUCAGAAGCGGUGGGAGCGGACGAGUUCUUUGGGCGCGACAGGCCGUCAGAGGUUACGUCAGCAAUGGAGGAGAUGCGUGUCUGGGGCGGCACCGAUGGUGGGCCUAGCCGAUCGGCGUCGGGAGUGUAUGGUCCGGCUCGUGCUUUUGAGAUGGGGUGCGCGGCAGGUGAGCGAGGUUUAGAGUCUCGAGCGCAGUUAACUAGGCAGAAGAGUUUGCAUGGCGCAGAGCAGUCGGAAAGUGUGGAUGCUGAAUGGGCUCUUUCUCAGGAGGUGCGCCGCCGCGCUGGGUUUGCUGCGCAGGCAAGAUAUAAACAACAGUGUGAGAGUGGGGACUUCAGAUAAGGUCACAGAAGCGACGAUGCAUAACACGGAUGCUGCUUGUCACUUUCUUGUCCAUUGUAAUCUGUGUCGUUCGAGUCCAGUUCGCAACCUCCGGUUCAAACCAGC